AUGAAGGCCUCAAGAUUCUACCAUCUUGAUACAGCAUUUUGUCCACUGAAUGACAAACUUGCAUUAUGGUAUCCGCAAGCGUUCGAUCAAGCCUCUCAGCGUAUUAUGAGCAAUUACUUCCAAUUGUUACCGGUUUCUGAGAGUGAAGCGAAGCGAUUUGCCUGCAAUGCUGUUGUCAUCGGCAAUCAUGUGAUAAUGAACGAAGGGAGCGAAAGGAUCGCUCAGCUUCUCGAUCGUCAUGGCUUCAAGGUACAUUUCGUUUCGAUGUCAGAAUUUGUCAAGUCUGGUGGAUCAGCGAAAUGUUUGACACUACGAUUGAAUCCAUAA